AAAAGGAAGAAAUCCGUCGCUCACCCAAUAAGCUCUCCUAAAAGCACUAAAUCUGUCGACCCCGUGCAUCCUUUUCGUGGACCCUCUUCCUCGAGAGCUUCUCUCCCAUGGCGAGCUUCUCCUAGCACCAGCCCUUCAAGAUGCCGUCCAAAGACAGAAUAGCGUAUUUCUACGACGGAGAUGUGGGUAAUGUUUAUUUUGGACCAAAUCAUCCGAUGAAACCGCAUCGACUCUGUAUGACGCACCAUCUUGUGCUCUCAUACGAGCUUCACAAGAAGAUGGAGAUAUAUCGGCCGCAUAAGGCAUAUCCAGUGGAGCUUGCACAGUUCCAUUCAGCAGAUUAUGUGGAAUUUUUGCAUCGGAUUACUCCUGACACACAACAUUUGUUUGCGGACGAAUUAGCUAGAUAUAAUCUAGGAGAAGAUUGCCCUGUGUUUGAGAAUUUGUUUGAGUUUUGUCAAAUUUAUGCUGGUGGCACAAUAGAUGCUGCACGAAGGCUGAACCAUCAGCUUUGUGACAUUGCUAUAAAUUGGGCUGGUGGUUUGCACCAUGCCAAAAAAUGCGGGGCAUCUGGAUUUUGCUAUAUUAAUGACUUAGUGUUGGGAAUUCUAGAGCUUCUUAAAUUUCAUGCUCGAGUUUUAUAUAUUGAUAUAGAUAUUCACCAUGGUGAUGGAGUUGAAGAAGCUUUCUAUUUCACAGAUAGGGUGAUGACUGUAAGUUUCCACAAGUAUGGGGAUAUGUUCUUUCCUGGAACAGGUGACAUCAAGGAAAUAGGUGAAAGGGAGGGAAAAUAUUAUGCCAUCAAUGUCCCACUCAAGGAUGGAAUCGAUGAUGCUAGUUUCACUCGACUUUUCAAAACAAUUAUUGCCAAGGUUGUUGAAACAUAUCUACCAGGUGUGAUCGUUCUUCAAUGUGGAGCUGAUUCAUUGGCUGGAGAUCGCUUGGGUUGCUUCAAUCUCUCCAUUGAAGGGCACUCUGAAUGUGUCAGAUUUGUGAAGAAAUUCAAUUUGCCUCUAUUGGUAACUGGUGGUGGGGGUUACACAAAAGAAAAUGUAGCUCGCUGCUGGACUGUUGAAACUGGGGUCCUUUUAGAUGCUGAACUUCCAAAUGAAAUUCCAGAUAAUGAGUAUGCCAAAUAUUUUGCCCCAGAUUACACUCUGAAGAUUCAGAAUGGCAAUAUGGAGAACUUGAAUAGCAAGUCAUAUCUUAGCACAAUAAAAGUGCAAGUUCUGGAAAGUUUGCGGUGCAUACAACAUGCUCCCGGUGUUCAGAUGCAAGAGGUUCCUCCAGAUUUUUAUAUUCCAGAUUUUGAUGAAGAUGAGCAGAAUCCAGAUGAAAGGGUUGGCCAGCAUACCCAAGAUAAGCAAAUUCAGCGGGAUGAUGAGUACUAUGAUGGGGACAAUGACAAUGAUCAUAACAUGGAGGAUGGUCUGUAAAUUUGUUGUGAUUUCUGUAGUCUUCUGCUGCAUACAAGUGUUAAUUUUACUUGAAAAUUUUUCAUUUAUGGGACAGCCUGCUUUUUUCUGUAGAAAAAGUUGUUUUGUUUACAUUUCUAUGAAUGCAUGUAUGAUUUAAGGUCCUUCAAAUAGGAUUGAGACUGAAUCUUGUCAACAGGAUUGAGACUGAAUCUUGUCAACGGGUACUUGGCAAUUAUUGCAAGUGUUCUCAUAAUUUUCUUUUCUUUUUUU